GUCAUUUUCGCCCGUCAGCCAAGAAACUAUUGUCAAAUUGAAACUUUCACUAUUUUUCGUUCGAAUUGUUGUUUCGUGCUAAAAGCUAUCGAAUUCCAAAAUAACGCAUUGAUUUGCUAAUUCUGUUGGAGCGAGGAGAGCAACUCUACUCCACAGUUAACCAACCACUUCCACUAUCUGACAUUUUCAAUUAACUGAUAGAAUGUUGUUACCGAUGAUAGACUUAUGCUGGCUGAAGUUCAUCAGAGCAUUUGGCCUGAUGAUGCAACUGGCGGAGGAAUCGAGGCUCAUCAUGAUGCUAAUCAGCUGCACGAUGGCCGUGGCCUUUAUCGUGAAUGUUUGUUCGGGAAGAACCAUUUUUCAGGAUUUGUGUAAUGCAGUGGGCAGCAGGAGACUCGAAACGAACCUGGCCAUGCAACCUUCGCCAAUUACUAUACCGGUGAGCAAUAUUAUCAAAAGGCACCUAAAGAUGCCCUUACAAUGGACGUACUACGAUGAUCUUCCGAUGGCGACUGUUCUGAAGAACAACGGGAGCACUGUGAUCAUGCGGAUAUACACUGCGUACAAUUUUAUGCCCCAGCUCAGUGGGGCUAAUCUGCUUGGUAGAUACCACUUUGUGGAGGCGAUCUUCAAGUGGGGCAGCCUCAAAUCCGAGCAUUCGAUUGACAAUUAUCACUUCUCCCUGGAACUGCAGGCACUUCAUCGAUGCGCCCAGCUGGAGAACAACUUGGAAUACCUCACCCUGUCCUACCUAUUUGAACUGAGUUGCGUCAAGAACGAGCACCUCAUGGAGGUCACCGAUCAGCUCAAGUGGAUCUCGCAGCCAGGAUCAUCGAUGGAGCUUCCCCCCUUCCACUUGGGGUCACUACUUCAACCAUUCGGAUCUGAUUACUUUUCCUACGAAGGCACCUACGACAACGGAGACGUCGUUCUGCCCACCACCUGGCUGAUAAGCCGCAAUAUAUCCGUGGUCAACUGGCGUCAGCUGGGCGAGUUUGAGGCACUGUACGGAAGGAAUGGCAACAGGAACUGCAAAAAUGGUCGGGAGCAACAGGCCUUGGGCAAUCGUAAUGUGUACCUUAAUAUGUAAUACCUUAAUAUCUAUAUCAACACAAUCACAUUGCAAUGUAAAGAAAUGUAAAAACAAAAUGAAACCGUUCCAUUUGAUUGCCAAUAAACCUAUUAUAUAUGUA